AUGAUGCACUUCGGAUUGAUAUAUCUAUCCGAGCUACUAAAUCUUGUCUGUUGUGUUCCAAAGAUCGUGGCUGCUCAUGUAGAGGCCCUCCUGGCGCUCGGCAGGCAGGAGGAGGCAGAAACGACAUUGAAUUGCGCCCCAAAGUUCAACAUCGAUGCGUCUACAAAGUUCUUUGGGGCUUCCAGAAGUGCACAUCUGCUCUCAGUCAGAGCACAGAUUCACUUGGCUGCAGGAAGGUCAGAACCAAACUCUGUGCUCCUCUUCUACCAGAUCGAAGAGUAUGCAGAUCGUUUAUGCUUGGGUUUUGUUUCUGUAAGGUUUGAGGAUGCUGUUGCCGUAGCUCAGAAGGCUGCUCAGAUCGAGCCGAGCAGCAGAGAGGUCGGUGCGGUGGCCCGGAAGACUCGAGCUGUGGCCUCAGCUCGUUUGACGGGGAAUGACCUCUUCAAGGCUUCCAAGUUCAGGGAGGCUUGUGUGGCGUACGGGGAAGGCCUCCACCAUGACCCCCAAAACGCGAUUCUUCUCUGCAAUCGGGCGGCGUGCCGGUCGAAGCUUGGGCAGUGGGAGAAGGCCAUCGAAGACUGUAAUGCUGCUUUGAACAUGCGUCCUUCCUACACCAAAGCUCGUCUCAGAAGAGCCGACUGUAAUGCAAAGUUGGAGCGGUGGGAGGCAUCAGUGCAAGACUACGAAGCACUGAUCGACCAGCUUCCAGGCGACGAGGAGGUGGGCAAGGCCUUGAGUGAGGCUCGACAGCAGCUCAAGAAACAGAGAGGUGAAGGCAGUAUGGACACCAAGGUUGGUGCCAACUUCGUCCGUGUCACUAACAAAGAUCAACUCAAGCAGUUCAUCAUGGCACCAGGGAUCACUGUUGCAUUAGUCUUCAACAAAUCUAGUGAACUUCCAAGCCAAACAAUUCCUUUCAUGGAGAAAAUGUCCAAGCAACAUCCCACUGUUAAUUUCCUCGCGAUGGAUCUCAGCCAAAGCCCGUCGUUGGAGGAGAUCGGUAGCUAUGGGCCGGUGGCGUUCAAGGUGUACAAGAACGGCUCCACGGUGAAGGACAUCGAUGGGCUCGACCACGAGCAGCUGGAGAGCUCGCUCAGAGCACUCAGCAAAUGA